UUCGUUGUUUGCACAUCGAGCUUGUUGCUUCAGAGAAUCACAAUGGCGUCUAAUCAAUUCGUCGUCGCUUCCCCGCCCACGGAUGCUAUAUCCGCGAUUAAGUUCUCGCCCAACCCCGACUCCACGCGCAUCGUUGUGUCUUCAUGGGAUAAGAAUGUCUAUCUGUACGAUCUUCGCGACGAGAAUGGGGCCGUAGGGGAGGGAAAGCUGCUACAAAAGUUUGAGCACCGCGCGCCGGUGCUGGAUGUGUGUUUUGGCGCAACGGAGGAUGAGAUCUACACGGCUGGGCUGGAUUGGGAUGUUAGAAAGAUCGAUAUCGCCUCGUCAUCGCAGACGGUGCUCAGCACGCACGAAGCCGGCGUACGCAGCGUCGUCUACAGCAAGGACCACAACCUCGUAAUUUCGGCCUCGUGGGACUGCACGCUGCAUGUGCACCUCCUUAACGACCCCGCCACCGCCCCCGCCGUCAUCCCCCUGCCCUCCAAGCCGUUCUCCAUGUCGCUGACCGCCACGAAACUCGUCGUCGCCAUGGCCUCGCGCGCCCUCCACAUCUACGAUCUGAAGGCCCUGGCCCUCCUCACCGCGCAGUCGGAGGGCUCCGGCCCCAACCGAGUCGAGGUCGAGCCCUGGCAGCGCCGCGAGAGCAGUCUGAAGUUCAUGACCCGCUGCGUCGCCUGCAUGCCCGACGACGCCGGCUACGCCUCCUCCAGCAUCGAGGGCCGCGUCGCCGUCGAGUGGUUCGACCCCUCCCCAGAGUCGCAGGCCCGCAAGUACGCCUUUAAGUGCCAUCGCCAGACCGCCGACGACGUCGACGUCGUCUACCCCGUCAACGCGCUCGCGUUCCACCCCGUCCACGGGACCUUUGCCUCGGGCGGCGGCGACGGCGUCGUCGCGCUGUGGGACGGCAUGGCCAAGAGGAGGAUCCGCCAGUACCAGAAACUCCCGUCCAGUGUCGCGGCCGUGGACUUCAGCGGCAAUGGCAAGUAUCUGGCCAUCGCUAUCAGUCCCGGCUUUGAGGACGGCAAGGAGGAUGUUGCCGAGGGGACGGUCAAGAUCUUCGUGCGCGAACUGGGUGAGACGGAAGCGAAGGGCAAGGGCGCUAAAUAAUUUAUGCUAUAGAAACCAAAUCAUG